GAGAUACCAUCCAAGGUACAAAAGGUGGCUGUUCUGCAAGAUUGUGAAGAUAACCCUAUUGCCUUUGGCCUUCUCGACAACGCCGACUUCCCCGAGUGACACGCCCCGUAUCUUUCGCCCAAUGAAGCAUCGUCUGAUCUCAAUUUGGAACCCAGAGUGUCGACUGGUAUUUAGUCAAUACAAGCAAGGGCUUGAUCGGUAUAUAUGUACCGUGCAUACCAUGAACUAACUGGAUAAGUGUGAGAGCGAGUGAAAACGGGCAAGCAAUCCAAUACAUUUCCACUUGUGUGGUCGAAAUCAUGGAAAUUUGCUGCCAUACUUGGAUGAUGUGCUCUCUUUGUGAAUCAAAAACUCAACGCCAACCUGGCAACGGAAGUUACAGGAGCAAGAUCUUAUAAGACAUCUUAAUUUACGUCGAAAAACUAGUUGGGUAAACUUGAAGAUAGUUCUGGAAACUCGGAUCCACCCCUUCCUCCAUCUCAGUCAUCGGUCACGUGUGGUUUCUCGUUUGUUGUAGAAUUCUGGUUACCUAAGGCGACAGACAGAGGUGUCAACGGAACCUAAAUAAUAAGAAUCUCGUUGGUCGCGAUAACUUUCUUCCAAAAAAAUCUUAUCUUUUUUGCGCCAUCGAUUGUCUUCUGGCACAACUGACGUCUAUUCGAUUAUCCAUCAAGACAUACUCGCCCGUCGAUUUACUUUGCUUUCCGAAAAACUUCUUUUGAGAAUGGGAGAAUCAAGACAAGAGCUCGUAGCAUGGCUUAACAACCUGCUACAACUCAAUAUUACAAAAGUUGAACAAUGUGGCACCGGUGCCGCGUUGUGCCAAGUCUUCGACAGUAUCUUUCUCGAUGUACCGAUGUCAAAAGUCAAGUUCAAUGUCAAUACCGAAUAUGCAUAUCUACAAAAUUUCAAAGUUCUUCAAAACACCUUUACCCGCCAUCAAGUCGAUCGAAAUAUUCAUGUCGAACAACUUAUUAAAUGCAAGAUGCAAGACAACCUCGAAUUUCUGCAAUGGACCAAGAGAUACUGGGAUCAAUACUUUCCAGGGGGAGAAUAUGAUGCAGUAGCUCGUCGACGUGCUGCUGGGGGACCCGGUGCUGCACCAUCUGCUGCUCCAAGAGCAUCCGCCGGAAGUGGUGCAGCUCGUAGAGGAGUAACACCAACAACAACCGGCGCAAGAGUUGCCAAGGUCGGAGCUGUUGGCGGUGGUGCAGCUUCAGCAGCACUAAAAGCAGAGAACGACACUCUGAAGGAAACAGUUGCAGGGCUAGAACGGGAACGAGACUUUUACUUCAGCAAACUCAGAGACAUUGAAUUACUGGUUCAACAAGCUUGCGAAGAGGACCCCGAGAUUGAGAAGCAGGAAGACGGCUUAAUCAAGCACAUUCAAACUAUCUUGUACUCGACUGAAGAUGGAUUUGAAAUACCGGCAGAGGCGGAGGUUGAUGACCAAGAAGAGACAUUCUAGAUUCUCUUUACUAUAAUGGGAUUUGAAUUUUUUGCAGCUGCAAAUGAAUUCGUUGGUUCUUUCACCUGCGGGAGUUUAUAGCAAGGAAGGCUAUGAGAUACGAAUUAUGAACGAGCAGAGAGGGUGCGAGGCACAAGAUCAAACGCUCACAGGUUGGUAGCAUUCGUGGGCUACGGGAGGAUGCAUGCGUUGGACCAAUUCUGGAGCAUAUUGAGAUCUCACAUGAUUCUCAAAUGGGUUCUCUGGUUACUGAAGAAGAGUUUAAUUAUUAGAUGUAAACCCCACAAGAGUUUUUUUUCUUCGUAUAAUACCAAUUUGAUUGUCCAUCAUGAGAACAAGAAAGAGCUCACACAAUCACAAUUAAUUUCUUAUCGCCA